AUGGCUCUGAGAAAUCAAGCAGAAUCUAACGAAAAGAAUGAACAUGAAGCAGAGGUUAAUACCAAAGUGGAAGAGAAAAAUUUAGCCGGGGAGUCAGAAACUGGUCUGAAAGAAGCAGAUAAUGGAGAUCAUGGAUCGGAAAAUGCUGCGAUUGUAUCAGGAAAUCCCGAAAUUGAAGUUAAUGAUGAUGACAGCGCUUUAAAUACGCCGAUUGAAAGACAAAAUGAAUCGAUGGAGUCUACUAGUUCACCACAACUGCGGGUUGCGUCAACCUCAAUCUCUUCUCGUACACCUACAUCGACACAUAACCGUCGCCAAUCGAUUAUGUCCGUGAGUUCUAAUGCCACGGUGGAUAAUACACAGAUAUUCAAAAAGGUUUUUGAGAGCAUUUUAUCCAGUAAAGAUGCAAAAAAGAAUGAGGCUCUUAAGUCAGCAGUGCAGAAGGGUCUUGAUGUAAUCAACUCCGGAUCUAAAGAUUACCUCACGAUACUAAGUGCGAUUAAGAUAACUUGCGAGAAGGCAAAUAGUGAGUUGAAAGCUAAAGCUAUUGAUCUCUUCCUUAAAUUGUUUGAUUAUGCUCAGAUCGAUGAUGAAAGAGAAAAAGUAGAAUUAACUGAUUCAUCUGUCGAUAUAAUCUCAUCAUGCUUUGAAGGUGAAGGUACGGAUGCUGAAGUUGAGCUACAAGUUGUACGUGCAUUGAUGCAUUGUAUUCUUCUUAUGCCUUGCCAUGGUGCAUCAUUGUUGAAAGCAGUGAGACAAAUAUACAACGUCUUUAUCUUUUCGUUGAAUGCAAGAAACCAAUCAGUAGCACAAGGAAUAUUGACACAAGUUAUUGCGGCCAUCUUUCAAAGAAUUAAUGAUGCAUCUGUCAUGAGGAAUACAUCUUCUAAGUCAGACAGUACUUCGAAUAUCAAAUCACCGUUAAACACGAGCGAAGAGGUUGUUAAUUCUGUGGAAGAAACCACUCAAGAAAGGUUAACUUUAGAAAACUUAGAAAAAAUUAAUGAUGAUACUAAUGACAAUGAUCGUGUUAACGAAGCUAACAAGGCUACUGAAAAAGACGAAGACUUGGUAGUUAAGGACGCGUUUUUAAUUUUCAGAGCAAUGUGUAAACUUUCAGUAAAACCAUUAGAAUCUGAUGCGUUGGAUAUGAGGUCACACUCAGUUAGAUCAAAAUUACUAUCUUUGCAUAUUAUUCACACUGUACUCAAAGAGCAUAUUGAGAUAUUUUUGAGUCAUGAUGUGGUUAUCUUAUCUUCUCAUUCCAACGAACAAACUAGGUUAAUCAAUGCAGUAAGACAAUAUGUUUGCUUAUCAUUAUCUAGAAAUGCGGCCUCAUCUCUUGCACCUGUUUUUGAACUUUCAUUAGAGAUAUUCUGGUUGAUAAUUUCGAAUUUACGUUCUGAAUUUAAGAGGGAAAUUCCUGUAUUUUGGGACGAAAUAUAUUUUCCGGUAGCAGAAAUGAAAACUUCAACUCCACAUCAAAAGAGGUAUUUACUCUCUAUUAUUGAGAAGUUAUGCAAUGAUUCCAGAUGUAUUAUAGAAUUUUAUUUGAAUUAUGAUUGUGAUAGCUCUAUGCCUAAUGUUUGUGAAAAAGUCAUUGAUUACUUAACGAAGCUUUCCUUAAUACGAAUUGAAGUAACUCCGCAACAAAAGCAGGCAUACAUUAACAAUAGAAGAAAAGGAAUAUCGGUAUAUGAUAUUAGUAAAAUUGCUAACUUGACCAGUAGCACUAUGGCUUCCAAACCACCUGAACCAGAAAUAUAUAAUAGUUUCCCGUUAGAAUAUGCAUUAAAAAUGACCUCUAUUAGUUGUUCGGUUGCAUUUUUACGCUCCUUAUACUCUUGGGCUCAAAAGGGAAUUCGUAAUAAUACAAAAUUAGGAAACGGUACGAUGAAUCAAAAUGGAUCACACUUGUCUCUUAAUAUGGAGAAAACCAGAAGUGGCGGUGAAUCAAGUAUAUCUACUAUGAACAAUUCCCGUAAUGCAUCCUUUGUUAAUGGUUCCAACACAGAUGCAUUUAGCGAAUCUGAUGACCCUGAGCAAUUUGAAAAUUUGAAACAACGUAAGAAGGCUUUCUUGGAAGGUGUAAGACAAUUUAAUCAAAAACCUAAGAAAGGUCUUAAGUAUUUCUUGGAACAAAAUUUCAUUGCUUCUGAUGAACCAAAAGAUAUAGCAAUAUUUUUGCUUGAAACAGAUGGUUUGGAUAAAGCUGCCAUAGGUGAGUUUUUGGGCGAAGGUGAUGAAAAAAAUGUUGCUAUAAUGCACGCUUUCGUUGAUCAAAUGGACUUUACUAAUAGUGGAUUCGUGGAUUCAAUGAGAAGAUUUUUGCAAUCUUUCAGAUUACCAGGUGAAGCGCAAAAGAUUGAUAGAUUUAUGUUAAAAUUUGCUGAAAGAUAUCUUUUAGGGAACCCUACAGUAUUUUCUAAUGCAGAUGCAGCUUAUGUAUUAGCAUAUUCAGUUAUCUUACUUAAUACGGAUUCACAUUCACCUCAAAUUAAAGUUAGAAUGACUCUCGAUAAUUUCAUUAUGAAUAAUGCUGGUAUUGAUGAUGGUAAAGAUUUACCCCGUGAAAUGUUGGAGAAGAUUUACGAUGAAAUCCAAGUAAACGAGAUUAAGUUACAAUCAGAACAACAUGCAGCCUUAUUAGCAGGUGAUAUUAAUAUGCCACAGUCUACUCCGUCUAUGGGUUUCUUUGGAGGUCGUGAUUUAAACCGCGAAGCUUACAUUCAUGCUUCAAAGGAAAUGUCUACUAAAACUGAAAAGUUAGUAAGGAAUUUGGGUAAAAGAUUAAAAUCUGAUGACUCUAACGGGGGUGUUUUUUAUGCAGCCUCUCAUGUGCAUCACGUUAAAUCAAUCUUUGAUACAUUAUGGAUGUCUAUAUUAGCUGGAUUAACACCGCCAUUUAAGGAAUAUGAUGAAGAAUACAUCACUAAAAUGAGUUUAGAAGGAAUUAAAUUAUCCAUUCGUAUUGCUUGCAUGUUUGAUUUAGAUUAUGCUAGAACUUCAUUUAUUGGUGCCUUGGUUCAAUUUCAAAAUUUGAACAACUUUCAAGAGAUGAAGACAAAGAAUGUUGAUGCAAUUUAUAUAAUGCUUGAAUUAGCUGUAUCGGAAUGCAAUAGCUUAAAAUCUUCAUGGAUACAAGUGUUAACUUCUAUUUCACAAUUAGAAAGAUUACAGCUAAUUGCUCAAGGCGUUGAUCAAGAUUCUAUUCCUGAUGUUUCCAUUGCAAAAUUAGUAAACAGAUCUUCUAUCGAUAGCACCGCAGCAAGUGCUGGAUUUUUCAGCCUGUUUACUUCUUCAACAACUGCUUCACAAACCGCGUCAAAUAAAUUUCAUAAUCAACAUUUGAACCAGAAUGUUGCUCAAUUAUUAACUAGAACUGAGCUUGAAGUUGCUAUGGAUAAAGUGUUCACGAACAGUGCUAAUUUAUCUGGUGAGAGUAUCGUUGAUUUCGUAAAGGCCUUGUCUAAAGUUUCCUCGGAAGAAAUCGAGUCUUCGGGUCAGAGUACAAAUCCAAGAAUGUUUUCAUUGCAAAAGGUGGUAGAUAUUUGUUAUUAUAAUAUGAGUCGUAUUCGUCUUGAGUGGUCUCAAUUAUGGUCUAUCAUGGGUGAAACUUUCAACAAAGUAGGCUGUCAUAGUAACCUGGCGGUUGUAUUCUUUGCUUUGGAUUCAUUGAGACAAUUAUCAAUGAGAUUUUUAGAGAUAGACGAAUUAUCGCAUUUUAAGUUUCAAAAAGAGUUUUUGAAACCUUUUGAACAUAUUAUUCGUCACAAUGAAUCAUUAGAAAUUAAAGACAUGGUCUUAGAAUGUAUUAAUAACAUGAUUUUAGCUAAAGCAAAUAAGAUAAAAUCAGGCUGGAAAACUAUAUUUGGCGUUUUAACGGCUGCAGCUAAAGAAAAUAAAGAAUCUUUAGUCCUUAAAAGUUUUAAGAUGGCUAAUUGGAUUAAUAAAGAAUACAUUCAUGAGGUGCGCUCCCAAGAGUCAUUUGCCGAUCUCGUUGUUUGUUUCACUGAAUUAGCAAAGAAUGAACGUUUCCAGAAAGUUAGUUUGUUAGCUUUAGAUGUGUUACUGAAAUUAAUUACCCAAAUUGCUGGAUUCAGCUUCAAAACUACAGAUAACGAAACAGAGACAUUGGCUGUAAAUAAAGAUGAUGUUGAUCAGCAAUCGGUAGUGAAGAAUGACAAUCUUGUAAAGUUGUGGUUUCCUGUUUUGUUUGGAUUCCAUGACAUUAUUAUGACUGGUGGAGAAUUGGAAGUCAGAUCUAGAGCAUUGAAUUCUUUAUUCGAUAUUUUGUUACAUUAUGGAGAAUAUUUUGAAUACGAUUUUUGGGAUCUUAUUUGUCACCAAUUAUUAUUCCCUAUAUUCAGUGUUUUAAGUAAUCAUUGGGAGUUGCAUAAUGUUGAUAAUAAUGAUAAAUUAUCUGUGUGGUUAUCUACAACAUUAAUUCAAGCGUUGCGUAACAUGAUUACUUUAUUUACUCAUUAUUUCGAUGCAUUAAGCAGAAUGUUAGGUGGUUAUUUGAAUUUACUUACAUCAUGCAUUUGCCAGGAAAACGAUACAAUUGCUAGAAUUGGUAGAUCAUGUUUGCACACCUUAUUAAUAGAUAAUGCAAGCAAAUUCAAUAGCGAGCAAUGGGAAAAGAUCACUAAUGCAUUUUCUGAUUUGUUUGAUUUAACCACAGCAAAGGAAUUGUUUACAUUAGAUCCAUUGCGUGCCAAAGACCAACAAUCACCAAAGGAGGAAGAGUAUGGAAUUGAAGAAUUCGGCGACGAAAGUAAUACCGAGUCGCCAAGGAGCACGUCGUCCCGUAUUUUCGACGACACUGAAGCUAGAUUGCGCAAGUCUAAGGAGAAGUCUUCGAUUGUGGUGAAAUGUGUUUUACAAUUGUUAAUGAUUGAAACUUUAUCCGAGUUAUACGAAAAUGACAUGUUUUAUGAAUCCGUUCCUCAUGACUUUUCUGUCAAGUUGGCCACAUUGUUACACGACAGUUAUGAAUUUGCCAGAAAGUUUAACGAUGACUACGAUUUGAGAGUCAGAUUGUGGAAUGCCGGAGUUAUUGAAAGGCUUCCAAACCUUUUGAAGCAGGAAUCUAGUUCGGCCGCUGUUUUCAUCAAUAUCAUGUUUAGAAUGUACUGUGACGACGACAAGACGAAUACCCAUUCUAAAAAGUCCAUCAUGGACUCCGUUAUCCCAUUAUGCAAUUCAAUAACCGAGAGAUACUCCGAAUUCGACGAAACCAACCAACUGAGGAACAUUACCACUUGGAAACCAGUCAUUAUCGAAAUCUUCCAGGGCUUUGUCGAGCUUGACGAGGAUGAUUUCCUCGAAUACACUCCACAUAUGUACCAAUUGACUUUGAAACUCUUCUCGAAGAGCAUGACUCCCGACUUAAGAUCGGCAGUUAAGAUAUUCUUUGCCAGAGUUGGUGACACCUUCAUUACUACUAGAAAUACGUGA